CCGUUUUAAGCUGACAUAAUGUUUAAGGUGACUAACAGGAAAUAAAUACAUUUAUUUAAAGCUUUGUUUACUGUUCAAUGAGGACACCAAGGCCUGUUAACCCAUUCCCUAACAGUACUGGUGAUACAAAGAAACCAUUUAGUUGAACUAUGACGCCGAUAAAUUGGCUUUGAUAUGCAGAUUUAACGCUCCACGCCUUCCAAUCACACCAGAGGUCCUUUAGCGAGCUGGAUGAACGCUUGGAUCUUUCCACAACAGGUUAAAAAAGGACGAUAAGGAUUAAAACAUGCCACAAAACAACAGCUCGCAGUUUGUUAUGGAUGUUAUCGAGGUUGAGACGUUUCUGAACGCCCCACCUCAAGGAUUCAGCGUUGAACAUUGUGCGGGUCGCAGAGUCGUGAAAUGGGAUCAAGAGAAUUCUUGCGUGUUUAUAGAUGAAUUUCAGUCCAGCAAAGGAAAAGUCGUGUUCUGUAAUUCACCAGGAAGGAAAGUUACAGUACGUAAUUUGGGAGAGUACACAUGCUUGAGGAGACGACUGACCUCAAGAAGAAUAUACGUGCUGGUGUCCGCAUGCACUCACACAACCACAAAGUUCAAAGACAACAAAUACAUAAAUGAUCCAGCUCUUGGGUACUAUGUGGUGGUGAUCAACGGCAAUCAUCCAAUGAUCAGAUGGGAGACUGAGAGAGGCUUAGACAUGACCAUUUCAUCAGUGGCUGGAGAGAGUUAUACAGUAGAUGUUGAUCUUAGCACUGCACUACAUGGAUGGGUUGGUGAGAACUUUCAAAUACUUGUUGAUGGAGAAAAGGUGAAACCAUCCUGGAGAGACAUGCAUUUCACCAUCAAGUAUCAUUCUGACGCCCUCUUCGACUUUGCCUACUGGUUUGGCUUCAGCAAGCGACAGUUCAAGAUCACUUACCAUGGAAGAUGAGGUCAAGAGCCGAAAUACUAUGCAAGAUAUCUACUGAAAACUGUCAGUUUGUGGAAUAUAUAUAUAUAUAUAUGUUUUUUUAAUACCUACACUUAUAUACAGCAUAUUAAUAAAAAUUGUAUAAACCGUAGAUUGCUUAAGUUUGUAUCAUUUAAAAAAAUUAUCAUAAAAAUUGCAUUUUGUGUUUUAUUUAGCACUAGCCUGAUGAAGCUAAUUGACAUUACAGAUACACGUGUUCUAACAAUAACUGAAUUUACACAAAUGGUAAAUUGAGGGGCUUGUACACAACUACAAAAGGUGCAAACAUUCAUUACUUCGACGCUCAAGAAGGCAACACACAACAUUAAGAACAAAGGGGAUGUAAACUUUUUGAGUUGAUGAUUUGUGUAAGGGGUUAUUAUGUCUUGUAUAUUUUUAUCUUUGUCUAUUAUUCUGUAUGUUAAUAUCUGUUAUUUAGCUUCUGAUGGGCAGUCCUUAAAGUAUAUGAUUUUUCUAUCUAUUAUAUUUGUAUAAAUAAAGUUGUGUGUAAAACCUAUGAGACAAAAGGGGAAUGCAAACUUCUGCUCUAAACUGUAUUUAUUUAUGUGUGUAUGUAUGUAUGUAUGUAUGUAUAUAUGUGUGUGUAUAUGUAUGUGUGUAUAUAUAUAUGUAUAUGUGUGUGUAUAUAUGUAUGUGUGUGUAUAUAUGUAUGUGUAUAUACAGUGAGGAAAAUAAGUAUUUGAACACCCUGCUAUUUUGCAAGUUCUCCCACUUGGAAAUCAUGGAGGGGUCUGAAAU